GGGACCCCCGGACCCUCCCAGGCUGCAGGCAAGCCUUGAUGAACGAGGAUGACAGUCAAGCUGGGAGAAGGCAGCGGCGCGGAGGAGGCGCUCAAACAGCCCGGCAAGAGGGCAGCCAACAACAACGAUGACGACGACUCCCCUUCAGGAGAAGAACAGGGGCCCGGGCGGGGGGCCGAGGAGGAUGCCGAGACCACCACCACCACCACUGCCACAGACAAGCAGGACAGCACCCCCAGCCCGACCCCUGCCCUCAGCAGCGCCCCGGCCUCGUCCUCCUCAUCGUCGUCGUCUUCGUCGUCAUGGUGCGGCGGCCCGCCGCAGGCCCCGGGCCCUCCUCAGGCCCCCGGCCCACCUCAGGCCCUGACCCCGGCCCCGCUGCUGCUGCAGCUGCAGGCCUCCUCCCAGGACCAGCAUCACUUCCUCAGGUCCAGCGUCAGGCCGCAGAGCAAGAGGUUCAGGAAGGACUCGGCCGGCGCCAACGCCGGCGCCAACGCCGGCCCGGGAGCGGGAGGCCCCGCGGGCCCCGGCGGCCCCGGCGGAGGAGGCUCCGCACCGAAGGGAAAAGGAGCGGAUAAUGGAGGGGCGUCGUCAGGCACGGGGGCGCCGGCCGUCCCCAGCAGCGGCCCGCCCGCGGCUGGCUCCAAAUCGGCCCCCAGGAACCCGGGCUCUUCGGCCGGCGAGAAGGAGGAAGGGAAGAAGGUCAGGCGGCAGUGGGAGUCCUGGAGCACCGAGGAUAAGAACACUUUCUUCGAGGGGCUUUAUGAGCACGGGAAAGACUUUGAAGCCAUUCAGAACAACAUCGCCCUGAAGUACAAGAAGAAAGGGAAGCCGGCCAGCAUGGUGAAAAACAAAGAGCAGGUGCGCCACUUCUACUACCGCACCUGGCACAAGAUCACCAAGUACAUCGACUUCGACAACGUGUUUUCCCGCGGGCUGAAGAAGUCAUCCCAGGAGCUGUAUGGGCUGAUCUGCUACGGGGAGCUGCGAAAGAAGAUCGGGGGGUGUAUGGACGAUAAGAACGCCACAAAGCUGAACGAACUUAUUCAGGUUGGGGCCACCACGGUGCGCUACAAAGGGCGAAAUCUGCGCAUUAAAGCCCCCAUGUGCCGGGCCCUGAAGAAACUCUGCGACCCAGACGGCCUGAGUGACGAGGAGGACCAGAAGCCAGUGCGUCUUCCCCUGAAGGUCCCCGUGGAGCUGCAGCCCCGAAACAACCACGCCUGGGCCCGGGUACAGAGCCUGGCCCAGAAUCCGCGACUCAGGAUGAUCGUGGAGCUGCAUCGGAAGGUCUCCAGCCUCAUCGAGUUUCUGAAGCAGAAGUGGGCCCUGCAGGAAGUGCGCAUUCGUAAGACCCUGGAGGAGCGGCAGAUCCAGGAGCCCGUGGGCGGAGAAGCCCCGCCAUCCCGAGAGAAGGCCACGCUGCAUCUCUUCCCUGGGGAGAACUGCACCCUGACCCCGCUGCCCGGGGUGGCGCGGGUGGUCCACUCCAAGGCCUUCUGCACCGUUCACUGGCAGGAGAGCGGCCGGUGCAAAGGGAACCCCAAGGACUCGCACCCGCUGCCCCCGGCCCAGAUCCUGGGCAUCCAGAGUGGCCAGGGGACUGCCAGGGGCCAGGUCAGGUGCCCCCGGGGAGCGGCCGAGGCCAAAGGCUGCGGGAGGGCCGAUGGCCCAGCCGAGACGGCAAGGACCCCCCAGCCCGACGCCUCCCAGAGCUCCGGGGAGAGCUCGCCGGAACGCGGGCCCCCCGACAAGCCGCCCCCCGACCUCCGAGACCCGGGAGGGAGCCGGGAGAGGACGAGUGUUGCGGGGGCCGAGGGGCGAGACGGUCCCCCCGGAGGGGACCCUGGCGGUGGCCCGGCCUGCGCCUGCAGCCGCAUCCCCGACCCGGAAGAGCUGUCGCUCCUGGACCCCUUCCCCCGCUACAUGAAGUCCUGCCAGGACCUGAUCGUCCCGGAGAGGUGCCUCUGCCCGGACCGGGCCCCGGGGCCGGGCCCCUCCUCCCCCGGGGACCCCCCCGAGGCUGGCGACCCCACGGAGGAGCCCUCGUCCACACCCCCACCUCAGGGACCGCCCGUGGCCCGGCCCCCGAAGGACGGCCCCGCUCGGCUGGCCCAGCAGGUCCGGGAGGAGGGCUGGAGCCUCCGCACCUCCGAGAGCCUGACCCUGGCCGAAGUCUACCUCAUGAUGGGCAAGCCGAACAAGCUGCAGCUGGAGUACGACUGGCUGGCCGUCCUCGGGCCGGACGGACCCGAUGCCCAGGGCCCCGGCCCCGCCCCCACGGUGCCCUCCUUCCCCAAGCAGCGCCUCCUCCGCUGCCUUCUCAAGCUCAUCUCCACGGAAGUCAACCCCAAACCGGCCCCGGAGGUGAGCACCGCAGCGACCGCGGCCUCCACGGCGUCGGCGAAGCCCACCCCGGAGGAGCAGACGCUGACCCCGCCGGGGAAGGUGAUGGCCGUCAGCACCCGGAGCCCACGCUGCGCCCGCAGCCAGUCCGCUCUCCGCAACAACAAAGCCUUUUCCCCCACCGCCGCCGCCGCCUCCGGCACCUCAGGUUUGAGAAACCCCCCCAGGCCUCUUCUGGUGGCCGGCCCAUCCAACUCCGGAAGCAGCGAUUCGGACGGCGGCCUGUUUGCCGUCCCGACCACCCUCCCCCCGAACAGCCGGCAUGGGAAACUCUUCUCUCCCAGCAAAGAAGCGGAGUUGACCUUCCGUCAGCACCUGGACACCAUCAGUAUGCAGUCCGACUUCUUCUUGCCAAAGCCCAGGAAGCUCCGGAAUCGGCACCUGCGGAAACCACUCGUGGUCCAGAGAACGCUGCUUCCCAGACCCUCUGGAAAUGCAUCCCACAACGUCUGCUCUUUCUCCAUCCUGUCCAACUCCUCCAUAACGGGAAGAGGCUCAUUUCGGCCCAUCCAGUCCUCUCUGACCAAAGCCGCUCUGUCUCGACCUAUCGUGCCCAAGGUUCUUCCAGCCCAGUCGGCGAAUCACCUGUCCAGCGCCAUCGACUUGGCAGCUAAGAGUGCCGGCAUCAUUCCCGGGAGCCCCCUCCCCGUGCUGGACGCCGAGGGCCUGCCGGCCAUGUCCCCGCUGACCCCGGACGAGGUGGCCUCCGCCGUCACGGGGCCGGACCUGGCCGGGACCCACCGGAACGGGCACCCCAUCUCCGCCGUGGAGGGGCCGAGCGGUGGAUGUCGCGUCCCGUUCAUCAGCCUGCCCCCUCGGCCGGAGCAAGGACCCGUGGCCGACGGCUUCCAGGACUCAUCCGUUCUCUCCCUGACGGAGCUGUCCAAGGCCCCUCUUCAGAACGGCCUGGCAACCCCUCCCCUGCCCACGUCCGAGGGCACCAGUACCCGCCUGUCUCCGCCCAACGUGUCUGCUCUGCUGGACAUCUCUCUUCCCGGCCCGCCCGAGGACGUGCUGUCUCAAGGCGAGCCGGCCACCCAGAUCAGCGACUCCAUCAUCGAGAUCGCCAUCAGCUCGGGCCAGUACGGCGAAGGCGUCUCCCUCUCUCCGGCGAAACUGAACGGCAGCGACAACUCCAAGAGCCUCCCGUCCCCGUCCAGCAGCCCGCGGCCCAACUGGAUCGCCUCUCCCAGCCACGAUCCCCAGUGGUACCCCAACGACUCCACGGACUCCUCCCUCAGCAGCCUGUUCUCGAGCUUCAUCUCCCCGGAGAAGGGCCGCAAGAUGCUUCCGGCCCCCGUGGCCACCGCCAGCAGCGCCUCGCUCCUGGGCCCCAGCCUACUGGACGGAAACUCCCGGGACUCCUUCGUCUCCCGCUCACUGGCCGACGUGGCGGAGGUGGUGGACUCCCAGCUGGCCUGCAUGAUGAACGAGAGCAGCAUCGACUACAUCUCCCGCUUCAACGACCUGGCCCAGGAGCUGUCCAUCCCCGAAUCCAGUCGCCGAGAGGUCCUCUUCGACGGGGGCGGCCCGCCGGCCGGGGACCUCUCCCAGUGACCCCGCCGGCCCCAGUGGAGAGAGCUUGCACCCUCCCCGCCCUCCCGCCGGCAGGUACCAGGCCUCCGUCCGUCCCCCCGCUCCCAGGGUAGAUGGCACCUUCGGCAGCGGGAAGCCCACUGCGUCGUGGAGUGGGCAAACUGCCGAACCCCAGAUGGCGUUUGGGCAGUG